GGGAAAUCUGCGUUUACGAUAGAAGCAGACGGGGUGAUUUAACCUACCCUAUUUUUAAUUUUGUUUUUUUGAUUUUAUUGUUUAACGUUUAUUUUAUUACGUUUGAUUUUUAUAUUUAGAAGCUUUAUUUACUCGCUUAUUGAAUAAAAACGACAUGAAUCCUCAGAAAAAGUUAUAUAUAGCGAAUUUACCGCUUGAAAUGAACGGGGAAAAUCUAGUUGAAUUAAUCCAACAGAGGACGGGCGUUACUCCCAUUGAUAUUAUGUUGCGAAAAACUUAUGCUUUAGUAGAUUUGCCGGAACAUGUGCCCAUGGAAAAUGUUAUUGAUGUAUUAAAUGGCUGUGAAAUAAUGGGUUCCCAAUUGCUGGUGGAACCGUCUCUGCCACAGAAUCGCAGGCAUCGAGGGUCAAGUGCCAUUCAGAUCAGCAAUAUACCAGAACAGUACCCAUGGGAUGAUUUUUCCCGCUUGUUGUCUAAUUUUGGAAGCGUCCAACAUUCUGAGAAAGGUCCUUCAAAGCAAAAUACUUACAGUGCAAUAGCUACCUAUGAGAAUCAAGACCAAGCUCAACAGGCGCAUCUGCAGCUCAAUAAUUACGAGAUACAGCAGGGGGUAUAUCUGAAAGUGGACAACCUCAUGGAUACUGGGCGUGGAAGAGGACCUCGGGGUAGGGGUGGCCCGAGGCCUUUCAAUGGUGCAGGCAUGCCAUACAGAUCUGCAGACUUUCCUCUAAGAAUUCUAGUCUUAAGCGACAUGGUUGGUGCUAUCAUUGGUAGAGCAGGUGGUACCAUCAGACAAAUAACUCAACAGUCACGAGCAAGAGUAGACGUUCAUCGCAAAGAAAAUGCUGGCUCUCCUGAAAAGGUCAUCACAAUUUAUGGAACUCCAGAGAAUUGUUCUACUGCUUGUCAGAAAAUAAUGGAAAUAAUGCAGCAAGAGUCCAACACUACAAACCGGGGGGAGAUUCCUCUCAAAAUUCUUGCUCACAAUAACUUGAUCGGAAGAAUCAUUGGAAAAAAUGGAAGCACAAUAAAAAGAAUCAUGGAACAAACUGAAACGAAAGUAACGGUGUCUAGCAACAUCCACGACAUCAGCAGUUUCAACCUAGAACGAAUCAUCACCAUAAAAGGCAAACUCGAAAGCAUUGCCCGUGCCGAAAAAAUGGUCAGCACCAAGCUGCGACAGAGUUACGAGAAUGAUCUCGCCGCCCUGGCUUCACAGACAUACAUGUAUCCUGGUGUGCAUCCCAUGGCUAUGAUGUCAACUACCUGUUCUCCACCCGGGAUGGUCCCUCCUCCUGGGCCCCAAAGGGGACCUUAUGGUGGCCCCAUGUAUCACGGGGCACCCCCUUGUAUGCCCCCUAUGGCGCCCUUCCCUCCCGCAGGUGCCUUUCCACCCUCAAUGGAUGUGCAGAAGGAAACAGUGUUUGUAUUUGUCCCCAAUUCAUCUGUGGGAGCCAUCAUCGGAACUGGUGGAAGCACAAUUCGAGACAUGAUCAGCUCGUCGGGUGCCAGCAUAAAGGUGAUUCAGCCAAACAAAGAUGAUCCAGUAGAGAAAUUAAAUGAAAGAAAAGUAUGCAUAACAGGUCCUGCUGAAGCACAGUGGAAGGCUCAAUUCAUGAUUUUCAAGAAAGUAGGUUUUGAGGGAUAUCCUGGACCACAGGAUGCUACUUUGAAGGUUGAAAUCUUUGUUCCCACAAAUCAAGUUGGACGCAUUAUUGGCAAGGGAGGGCAAACCGUGCGAGAACUUCAGCGUAUGACUCAUGCCCUCAUAAAAUUUCCCGAAGAUGGACAGUGUCCAGAAACGGAAGAAACUGCCGUCCACAUCAUUGGUGAUUUUUAUCGCACACAAGCUGCCCAAAGACAGAUUCGUGCCCUCGUUUACAAAAGCAAUGCUUACCAGCAGAGGAGGCGCAUGUCCCAACAAUCUCUACCAAACAUCCAGAAUUGAUUUUUCUCUCGUCUCCGACAGGAAAAUAUGACUGCCGUAUAUUCAAGACUCUUCUCUUUUUUUUUUUCUCUCUAUCUUCGUCUGGGAAACGGUUGCCACACUCUGUCAUGCAAUUCGGCCGGACACUUCCUCGACUAGAAGAGUCUGGCAUGAGGAUUCGGAAAGUAUGCGGCAGUGGCAUUUUCUGGGAUUGGAAGAUAAUGAACUUAAAAUUUGAACAAAGCUCUUAAAAAAUUUGAAAUCAUCAAAUAAAAAUGCCAAUGUUUAGUUAGAGAGUACAAAUUGCUGGAUCAUGGCCAUUGGUCCCCUCUUUUUUCUUUUUGUAAAGGAAACUAUAUUUAUGAAAAGUUUAUUUUUGAUACUUGUUGGGGAAACGUUUUUUGUUUAACUUUGUAAUGUUUUUUUUUCCCUCUGAAGGUGAAGGACUUGUCCUGAAGAAAAAUUAGUUUCUCCACCAAGAAUAAAAUCUGCUGAUUAAGUGUAAAAUUAGGCUGAUUUUGAUUAACUUGUUUGAUUUUGCAUGAGUUAAUGUUAAAAAAAUUUUUUUAGAAGCAGAAUGUAGGUUAAAAGUUGUACCUCCACAAAAUCCUUUCUAGUCCUUGCUACUCGAAUAUUUUGGUGCUAAAUUUUUACUAAAAGUGUGAAGAUCUCUUGACUUUUUUUUUCCCCCUCGACAUUACGAAGCGAUUCUAGUAGCAAUGUAAUGAGGCGCUUUGCAUAUGAUUUCUACCUCUAUUUUUCUCCAAGGGAAACGCCAGUUGCAAAUUGGAUCAUUUGGAACAGUCCAGAUGCUUUCGGGACAAUGGUAAGCUCAAUGAGGCUAAAUAAUUAAGUCAGAGAAGUUCUAUGUGCAAUGUAUUGAUUUUUGUUACUUUUUUGGGAUUUAUCUACCAGAUAAUUAAUGCAAUGAACCAUUGUUUUCAUUAAAAAGUAUAACAUUUGUUUUAAUUGUUAAAAUUUUGUUUCUUACUUUUAAGUCCUUUUUACAAAAAUGGUUUUUAUCUCCAUAUGUGUUUAAGGAAGUACAAAUAAACUGCAUUUGCAAACCAAUCAAAUAUUUUUGUCAAAACUGCCAUGUACUAUAAAAAAAUAAACUUUUUUCAUUUCA